UGUAGGUCAAUAAGAAGGGGCAGGUCUUCUGGACAGAGGCAUUUGUGGGUGGAGCUGCCAGCUGAGUAAAAAGCAGGAAGGCUGGGGGAAAACACAGAGUACAGCCUGAAUCCAGGAGCAUUGAGCUGGAUCCCACCCCUGACACCAUAAGCAGCAUGAGUGGACAAGUGGGUGACCUGAGCCCAUUCCAGGAGAAGUCAUUGGCCCAGUUUCGGGUCAACCUCCAGGAUGUGCUAUCUGCCUUGCCCAAUGCUAAUGACUCCUUCCUCCUGCGCUGGCUCCGAGCUCAGAGAUUUGACCUGCAGAAAUCGGAGGACAUGCUGAGGAAGCACAUGGAGUUCCGGAAGCAACAGGACCUGGACAACAUCCUUGCAUGGGAGCCUCCUGAGGUGGUCAAGCUAUACAGCGCUAGUAGCAUCUGUGGCCAUGACCGUGAGGGCAGCCCUGUCUGGUACCACAUUGCCACAGGCCUGGACGUCAAGGGGCUCUUCUUCUCCGUCUCCAAACAAGACCUACUCAGGGAAAAGUUACGAAACUGUGAGCUGCUCCUGCACCAAUGUGAACUGCAGACUCAGAAGUUGGGGAAGAAGGUGGAGAAAAUCACAGCCGUUUUUGAUUUGGAGGGGCUGAGCCUGAGGCAUCUGUGGAAACCAGGAGUGGAGCUUGCCCAGGAGUUUCUCUCAGCACUUGAGGCAAAUUACCCUGAGAUUUUGAAGCAUGUAAUUAUUGUGAGACCCCCCAGUCUGUUUGCUGUGGCCUUCAGCCUGAUCAAGUCGUACAUGAAUGAGGAGACACGCAGAAAGGUGGUGAUUCUGGGAGACAACUGGAAGCAGGAGCUGACAAAGUUCAUCAGCCCCGACCAGCUGCCUGUGGAGUUUGGGGGGACUAUGACUGACCCUGAUGGCAACCCCAAGUGCCUAACCAAGAUCAACUACGGGGGCGAGGUGCCCAAGAGCUACCACCUAUGCAAGCAGGUGAGGAUGCAGUACGAGCACACAGUGACCGUGGGCCGCGGCUCCUCCCAGCAGGUGGAGAAUGAGAUCCUGUUCCCAGGCUGUGUGCUCAGGUGGCAGUUUGCAUCAGAUGGUGGAGACAUUGGCUUUGGGGUUUUCCUGAAGACCAAGAUGGGGGAGCGGCAGAGGGCUGGGGAGAUGACGGAGGUGCUGCUCAGCCAGCGCUACAAUGCCCACCUGGUGCCUGAGGAUGGGAGCCUCACCUGCCUCAAGGCUGGUGUCUGUGAGUGUUGAUGUCUUAAGGUUUGACAACACCUACAGCCUGGUUCAUUCUAAACACAUCAGCUACACUGUGGAAGUGCUGCUCCCAGACCAAACAUUCAUGGAGAAGGUGAAGAAAUUCUAGGCAGACCUUUUGGCUGCACAUCCUCCUCUUUGAUUUCUGAAUCCUCAAUGAGUUCAUAACCUUCCCUGGUCAGACUCCUGUCCAACCUCUCCAGAGACAAGGAUCCCACUCUAGUAGGUUGCAGCCUGGCCAUUAUAAUUGGCCUGCUCCCCAGGAGUUGUUGGGGUGGUGGUCUAGUGGUGGCCAGAUGGUCACAACAAAGCAACACAGAUACUCCAUCCCUACUCCUACCUCCUAUGACCUUAAACUCAUCUGGAGUUGUGGCUCAGUGGUACAACACUUGCCUGGCAUGUGUGAGGCCCUGGGUUCGAUACUGAGCACUGCAUAUAAAUAAAUAAAUAAAAGAUCCACUGACAACUAAUAUUUUAAAAAAAAGGAAACAAAAUUUCUUUUUUAAAAAACAGGCCUUUUUCUAUGAACUAAAUGAGAAAUGAGUUGCCAUUAUAUAUACAGUAUAUUAGUAGAAAAUUAGAGGUAUAGUGGGAUGAAAAGAUUGAGAAAUGAUUUUCACUGAAAAAAUAGUUUACAGACUGGG